UAGAAACCUGCAAAUCAAAAACAAAUAGAUGAGGCGAUUUGAAUGUAUAACAAGUGUCAGCGAGUACUCGAGCUGUUUAACGCAUGUCGUUAUCACGAUGCAAUUCGAGCUGGCUUCGAUCGCUUGAAAAAUCGAACGAUCUCAAUGCGCCGAGAGUCAACCACCACGAUCUAUGGCUGUGUGUACUGCAGCAGCAGGUGCACCGAGUGCAUGAGUGACCAUUGCAGAACCAACCAAAACGGCCUAUAACAUCAUGUUGAUUGUGCACGAUAUCGUACGCGAUUUCUGCAAAUGACUCGCUGCGGAUUGACUCACAAUUGAAAUAUUUAAUUUCAAGUUAAACAACCGAGCAUUGGCAAUUGCACCCCGAUAGUCUCCACACCAUUAUCUGACAUUAUGAUAGAAUGCAGAAUUGCGAUAUAGCAGAUGGCGGUUUUGUAUUCCCCCGCAGUUUGGCAGAUUUACCUACGUUUUGAGAGCUGAUUGUUUUUGUUGUUUUCGUGCGUUCGAUCAUCUACUUGUACAUAGGAAAAUUAUGAUUAUUUAGAUUUGUUUUGGCUUACAAUUCAGAAAAAAUCGCCAGGAUGGAGACGGGAGUCGCGGCUGGUGCAAGGACCACACGAUUUAUGAUGGAAGGUGUUGGUGCACGAGUUAUUAGAGGUCCUGAAUGGAAAUGGGGAAAACAGGAUGGUGGAGAGGGACAUGUUGGCACUGUUCGAAAUUUUGAAUCACCUGAAGAGGUAGUCGUUGUGUGGGACAAUGGCACUGCAGCUAAUUAUAGAUGCUCGGGUGCUUUUGACUUGAGGAUAUUUGAUUCAGCACCAACAGGUGUGAAACACGAUGGAACUAUGUGUGAUACAUGCAGACAAUCACCAAUUUUUGGUAUAAGAUUUAAAUGCGCAGAGUGCAACAAUUAUGAUUUAUGUUCUAUAUGUUAUCACGGAGAUAAACAUCAUUUGAGGCAUAGGUUUUAUAGAAUAACAACACCUGGAAGUGAAAGAGCACUCCUAGAGCCUAGAAGAAAAUCAAAGAAGAUCACCAUUCGUGGCAUAUUCCCCGGAGCCAGAGUGGUCAGAGGCGUUGAUUGGCAGUGGGAAGAUCAAGAUGGUGGGAAUGGUCGAAGAGGAAAAGUUAAUGAAAUUCAGGAUUGGUCUGCCACCAGUCCAAGAUCAGCUGCAUACGUCAUUUGGGAUAAUAGUGCUAAAAAUUUAUAUCGCGUGGGCUAUCAAGGAAUGGCUGACUUGAAAGUAGUAAACGAUGCAAAGGGUCAUAAUGUCUACAGAGACCAUUUACCACUUUUGGGAGAGCAAGGAUCAGGUCGAUCAGGACCUCAUGGUCUCCAAAUUGGUGAUCAGGUCAAUGUUGGUUUGGACUAUGAAGUUGUUAGUUUGCUCCAACAAGGACAUGGUGGUUGGACAGAGGGUAUGAUGGAAAGUUUAAGCGCUACUGGUACAGUAGUUGGUAUUGAUGAAGAUCAUGAUAUAGUUGUUUCCUAUCCAAGUGGGAACCGCUGGACAUUUAAUCCAGCUGUGUUAACUAAAGUUCCUGUGUCUGUACCAUCAAUAAAUUCAAUUUCUAAUGUUCAUGAUCCACCAUUUACUGUUGGAGAUUUAGUUCAAAUUUGCCCUGACUUGGAUAAAAUAAAAUUACUCCAAAGAGGCCAUGGAGAAUGGGCAGAAGCUAUGACUCCAACUUUGGGGAAAAUAGGUCGAGUCCAACAAAUCUAUCACGAUGGCGAUUUGAAAGUCGAAGUAUGCAGCACAUCCUGGACUUACAAUCCACAGGCUGUGACAAAAGUUGCUAGUAUAGAUACCGGUACGACUGGUAAUGGCAGCGGAGGUUCGUUUUUAAAAUUUUCAAUAAAAGCCAUAUGCAUGCCGAGUAUUUCCAAAUAUUUCGGUAACUUAAAAUCUAAUUAUGCAGAACGUUUGUCAGCUCUUUUGAAGAAACUGUUCGAGACUCACGUAUCUAGCGAUGUGAACGAGGAAUUGGUUAAAACCGCAGCGAACGGCGACCUAGCGAAAUGCGAGGAAUGCCUCAAACGACCCGAAGCUGACGUAAAUGGAAUAUUUGCCGGUCAUACGGCUCUCCAGGCAGCCAGUCAAAACGGCCAUCUCGACGUUAUUAAAAUAUUGCUCUUGUACAAAGCCGACGUCGAAAUCGAAGAUAAGGACGGUGACAGAGCCGUUCAUCACGCCGCAUUUGGAGACGAGCCGGCUGUAAUAUGUAUGCUCGCCGGAGCGGGAGCCGACUUGAACGCCCGAAAUAAAAGACGCCAAACUGCACUUCACAUAGCCGUUAACAAGGGUCACGCCGGGGUCGUGAGAGCCCUGCUCGAAUUCGGUUGCCACCCCAGUCUGCAGGAUUCGGAAGGUGACACGCCGCUACACGACGCCAUAUCGAAGAAGCGCGACGACAUGCUGGCUGUGCUGCUGGAUCAUGCGGCUGACAUCACUCUCACCAACAACAAUGGCUUCAAUGCACUGCACCACGCCGCACUCCGAGGAAAUCCAAGCGCCAUGAGGGUACUGCUGUCGAAGCUGCCACGGCCCUGGAUCGUCGACGAGAAGAAGGACGACGGCUACACCGCACUACAUUUGGCGGCGCUGAACAAUCACGUGGAGGUGGCCGAGCAGCUGGCCAGGGCUGGCAAAGCCGAUUUGGAUCUGCAGAACGUCAAUUUGCAGACGGCCUUGCAUCUCGCCGUCGAGCGACAGCACACCCAGAUCGUUCGGCUGCUGGUGCGCGAGGGCGCGAAUCUGAACGUGGCGGACAAGGACGGCGACACGCCCUUGCACGAGGCACUCAGGCAUCACACCCUGUCGCAGCUGCGCCAGCUGCAGGACGUCCAGGACGUGGGCAGACUGCUGAUGGGCUUGGGUGCGCAGGGUCAGGACAAAAAGAGCAGCUCGUUCAUCGCCUGUUUCCUGUCCGCGCACGGGGCCGAUCUCGAGCUCAAGAACAAGAAGGGCCAGACUCCGCUUGACCUCUGUCCAGAUCCGAAUCUGUGCAAGGCUCUCACUACCUGCCGCAAGGAUAAAAACCACGACAUCGAGAUUGCCCCACCGACGCCGACCAUAGACGAGUGCCUUGUCUGCUCCGACGCGAAGCGAGAGAUGCUGUUCGAGCCCUGCGGACACGUGACGUGCUGCUUCUACUGCGCGCCAAGAGUCAAGAAAUGUCUCAUAUGUCGCGAGAACAUCGUUAAUCGCACCAAGAUCGAAGAUUGCAUCGUGUGCUCAGACCGCAAGUCGUCGAUGCUGUUCCUGCCGUGCAACCACAUGUGCGCCUGCGAGGGCUGCGCAACCCUCAUGAAGAAGUGCGUCCAGUGCCGGACGCAGAUAGUCCGGAUGUUGCCCAUUUCCGUGUGCUACAGCGAUUUCGGCGAUCUCAAGACCUGCACGACGGCUCAACUAGCUGCCAGAUUGGCCGGCAUAAAGAUCAGCGACAGCCCCGACGAAAAGUUGCUCAACAACGGCACCAUCGUCAGCAAUAACAGCAACAACACUAAUAACAGCAGUAACCGCAAUAAAAGCAAAAGUAGUUGUGCCGUGGCGGUGGCGGCGGCGGCGGCGACGGCCCAGGCGACGGCAGCGGCUGCGACGACAACGACCGCUGCGACGACGAACGUCGCACAGACCGCCGCGGCAGCAGCUUUGGUGGUGCCGGCGGCGGCGGCGGCACAAGUGGCUGUGGCCACGGCGGCAUCGGCGACAAGUUCGCCUCAACAGGAACAGCCGCAAAGCACGACGAGUUCGUGCGCUAACCAGCCGCUUUUGCCGGCCAUACCGCAGCAACAGAAUCAACAUCAGCAGCAGCAGCAACAGCCCGAGGGCAACCUCAUGAACAAUGGCAGCCGCGACACGUCUCACAGCGACAUACAGAAAUUGCAGCAACAGCUACAAGACAUCAAAGAACAGACAAUGUGCCCGGUGUGCUUGGAUCGCUUGAAAAACAUGAUCUUCCUGUGCGGCCACGGCACGUGCCAAAUGUGCGGCGACCGCAUGUCCGAGUGCCCGAUUUGCCGCAAAGCCGUUGAUAAGCGUAUUCUGCUUUAUUGAAAGAAGAGAGCGGUCGUUAGUCGUAAUGUUAGACCGAUAGUAUCAAAUUAAUGCGUUAACAUUUCCCUUUAAUGCCGAACGAAAUAAUCGACCAAGUGAAAAAUUGUCGUAAAAAGGGAUUAUCGAGCUUUUGGACAUCUCUAUUUGUACAUUUAUACUCACACAAAUCUUAUAUGGAUAGCGUUGAUUUAGUAAUUAAAUUUUUUUCGCAUUUAAUUAUAAUUGGUUAAUCGCAUGAUGAAUUUUCUACUUUCGAUUGUGCUGAAAAUCGAUCCUUGUUAUUGAUGCAUUGACACACUUCUCGCAUCUGUUAUGGUUAAUCAAAGAGUAGAAGUCUGCUGUGGAACAAAAUAUUUGCGAGCUGUGUAUCGAUCGGAAUAUAAUAAAAUUUAUUCAAGAUUGAUAAUUAUCGGGUUUAGGUACGAUUAAAAAAUAAAAUAAUUAGACAAAGUAACGCGUAUAUUUCGUUUUUCUUUGCCAUUGAUCAAGUGCGUGCCUUUGUUUUUACAUUCAAGUAAAGCAUAAGCUAAAAUAGUGAAGUAAUAAUGAUUAGUUCGACUUGACAAAUGCUUCUUGUUUGUUAAUUUAAGUUGUCUUGCAUUGAAAUUUUUUAUAGCAUAUAAUAUUGAAAAUAUUUACACGUUAUGUGUAGCAUUCAAUUUUUGAUCAAUAUUUACCAGUAAAUUAAACUUGCUAAUGAUAAAUUUUUUGAAAAGUUGUAAAAUUAAAACCCUUUUGUAAGCUGCUAAUUUGUUUAUGUGAUUUGUCUACUUGAUUAGAUAUUUACAUUGAUGUUUGUAUAAUUAACGAAGCUACUGAGAUUAUUUUGUGCAGUGAUUUUUAUCUUUAUUUAUCUGUCUUCCCUUUUGUGAAAAAUUUGACAGUAGAUAGAAUGGUAUACUGUUCGAAAUAAAUUGUUAAAAUAGGUACGUAUUCAAUUUACUUUAAUGAAAUCUUUUAAAAAUCUUGUUCUUGUAAAUAAUAUAAAAAAAGUCUGUGAACU